AUGGUACGAAGCAAAUUACUAUUGCCAACAAUGGUUCCGGAAAUUAUAGCAACGCUGCGCAUGUGUUUCGGCAGACCAGAGUUAAUCAUCGAACAUUUAAUCGAAAAGGUACAAAAGGUUCCACCUAUAAAAGAUAAACUCGAUGCCCUUAUAGAUUUUGCGCUUUGUGUACGCAACGUGUACUCUACGAUGGAAUCCUGUCACAUGGACGCGUAUAUGAAUAAUCCCAUGCUAGUAAAGGAGUUGGUGGAUAAAUUGCCCAGCAAUCACAAGCUUGCUUGGGCUAUGCAACCAAAACCACAACGCGAACCCAUAGUGAAAGUGUUUAGUGAUUGGCUUUACGCGCUCGCCGAAGCGGCUAGUCAAGUAGUCGGCUUUGCCAGCCCGAAAAAAAACGAAGGUUCGUCGGUAACUCUCAUGGAAGAAGAAAUAUUUCAGCAACUCAACAUAGCAGGAGUGCCUGAUCCAUUAUGUCUUCGUUGGACGGGCGACAAUACCCGUAACGAGGAGUCAUCCGUUAGAACGUCACUCAACAUUAGUGGCAGAUAUAACGACAAAGUGUUCAACAUUAAGGGAGUUCACACCGUGAACCAUCUCGGGUUGCCGAGGCAGACUGUCGAUAUGACGAGGAUCGCCACGGAUUAUCCAUAUAUGAAAGGCCUUCCCAUUAAGUCCUACUUCAACGCGAAGCCAACAAUACUCAUUGGCUCCGAUAAUUGGCAACUGGCCGUACCGCUUAAAAUUCGGGAGGGCAGCUGGCAUCAACCUAUAGCUACAAAAACGAGGUUAGGCUGGGCCAUACAAGGUCAGCGCGGUGGUUCGUCGUCGAACACAUGGUUGAAUAUACACUCAUGUGCGUGCAAAGCUGAAUACGAAAAGCUGCAUGAACUAGUAAAACAACAUUUCAAAUUAGAUGACAGCCAACGCGUGACGCUGCUCUCUUCAGAUGACCAAAGGGCACUAGCCAUACUCAACUCUACGUGCAGGAAAAUUGACGACAGGUAUGAAGUCAGUUUACUUUGGCGACAUGAGGAAGUUAAAUUACCGGACAGUUACGAGAUGGCUCGUAAACGCUUAGUUUGUCUCAACAACAAAUUCCGAAAAGACCCUUACCUCAAGGAGGCUAUGCAGAAACAGAUAGACAAUCUUCUAACUAAAGGUUAUGCGAAAAAGUUGAGCGCUGUAGAGUUAGCGGAACACAAAGGACGCGUUUGGUAUCUGCCUAUAUUCGUGGCACACAACCCAAACAAACCCGCUAAAGUCCGACUAGUUUGGGACGCAGCAGCAAGAAGCAACGGUAUGUCCCUUAACGACGCUAUACUGUGUGGACCCGAUCUUCUUGUUCCCCUAGUAGAUAUUUUGUUGGAUUUCCGCGUUGGUAAAGUUGCCAUAUGCGGUGACAUCGCGGAGAUGUUUCACCAAAUUAACGUUAGCGAUAAUGAUAUGCACGUCCAAAGGUUCCUCUGGCUGGACGAGGACGACGACAUUUCCAAACCGAGUGUGUACGUCAUGCGCGCCCUCACUUUCGGCAUUAGCUGCGCCCCAUGCAUUUCUCAUUAUGUGCGUGACAAAAAUGCAAAUACUUUCUUUGAGCAGUUUCCCAAAGCCGUUGAUGCAAUAAAAAGACGCCAUUACGUGGACGACUUUAUUUAUAGUGAGGACACCGAACAGGACGCCAUUGAAAUUGGGAAAGCAGUGAAGCAUAUACAUGCCUCAGCUGGGUUUAUUAUCCGCAAUUGGGCAUCAAACUCCGCUGCAGUUCUCGAGGAAAUGGACGGAGGCCGCGCUAGGGCCCAGGCACCAUUAGAGUUGAACUCAAGCGAGAAGAUUCUUGGAGUUUACUGGGAUCCCAACAAAGAUGUGUUUAAAUAUGCAUUCAGGUUUGCAAGGCUGAAGCGGAACGUCGUAGAAGGCGAUACAACACCAACAAAACGUGAAAUACUGCAGAUACUGCUUCAAGAGAUAUGGCGCUCGCGCUUAGGUUGGGAUGAGGAGAUCGAUGAUGUCAUGAAUGUAAAAUGGCGGCAAUGGAAGGCCGGCCUAGCAGCUAUGUCCUCUGUAGAAAUACCUAGGUGCUACUCACUUUAUCUAACCGUUGCUGAGGAUGUCCAAUUGCAUACAUUCGUAGAUGCCGGCGAAUAUGGCUACGCAGCGGUGUGCUACCUACGUGUCAAAACUGCUACUCAUAUAGAUGUGUGUAUUAUAGCUGCUAAGUCAAAGGUAGCUCCUCUAAACCCGGUAUCCAUUCCACGACUGGAACUGCAGGCAGCGGUGCUGGGCGCGAGGCUGUCUUCAAAAAUUCAGCGUAUAUCACGACUAAAAAUACAGAGAAAAAUUUUCUGGACUGACUCAACAACUGUGUUGAAGUGGCUAAGCAUGGAACCUCGUCAAUUCCGCCAAUUUGUAAUGUUCCGUGUUGCAGACAUCCUGGAGCACACGAACCUGAACCAGUGGAAAUGGGUUCCAUCCCUACUUAAUCCCGCGGACUUGGCGACUAAAGUCGACACCAAAACUAAUAACAGCAUCUGGUUUAACGGGCCCACAUUUUUACAAGACGACGAAAGCGAGUGGCCGUACCGAGAAGACUUGGGACCGAUAGACAACAGCGAAGUCAAAAAUCACGUGCUCCUC